AUGUUUUUUGGUCUUGUUGUUGAUGGGCCUGUAGUUGUUUCAGCUGAUAUACUUGCUGUUGUUGCUGCUAGUAUUCUUGCUGUUGUUGCUGCUAGUAUUCUUGUGGUUGUUAUUGCUAGUAUGCUUGUGGUUAUUGCUGCUGGUAUGCUUGCGGUUAUUACUGCUG